UUGGUGACGGGGCACUUGACAAAACAAGAAGGGGGGCAGGACCGUCGUUUAAACUUAAACCCUUGGUUCAGAAGUGCGCACACUGGCUGAAGCAGAGCAGAGGGAGGUUUUAUUUGUAACUGAAGAAAUUGAAAAAUAAAAAAUGAGGGUGGCGGGGAUGGAGGUCCCUAUCAUCGGUAGCGACUCCAUCAAAUGGAUUGGCCUUACGGUUCCGUCAUCCCUUAAUCGCAUUGACAACGGCGGCAACGACGGCGCCGCUACUUUCGCUCCACCGACGGUGGAUUCCGCCUCUGCCACUUACUUCGACGGAGAUAGUCCAUUCCAUCUCAUUUGGCGACUCCAUAAGACUCAAUCAAAUGUUCUAGAAAUAUUCAAGCUCUCUCAGGAAUUCCCUCUCAACUCCGGGCUGCGUCUUAUUUUCUGUCACCCACUCUCUCCUUUCGCUUUUAUUAGCACCUCGCCAACUAACUCACACUACUUGCUUUACACCUUAACCGUCUCUGGAAUUGCUUACUUCAUUAAAAUUUCCAAGGACUUGGCUUCCAUUGUCUCCAGGGACGAACUUAUAGAGCUUGAUGUGCGAGAUUAUUCUAAUAGUAAUGAGCCAAUUACUUGUAUAGCAGCAAAACCUGGAUGCCUUUUGCUUGGGAGAAAUGAUGGAUCUGUUACUUGCUUCCGACUUGGCUUGCUUCACCAAACUGCUCCCGGUUUUGUAUAUGAGCUGCGGGAUGAUUCAGGAAUUAGCCUAGGUCGCUUGUGGGGUUUCAUGUCAAGGGGGAGGGCUGUUGGAGCUGUGCAGGAUUUAAUAAUAACAGAGAUGCAUGGAAAAGAAAUUGUAUUUGUGCUUCAUGGUGAUGGGAUUCUACGAGCGUGGGAUCUUUCAUCUCACACAAGAAUUUUAAGUCAUUCAACAGCAGUUGAAGGCACUACAUCUACGAGGUUAUGGUUGGGUGAAUCUAACAAUAAUUCAAAAAUUGUUCCUUUGGCCAUCUUGUAUAAGAGAACUUUGGAAGUUGGUAUGGAGAUGAUUUAUAUUUAUAGUCUCUGCUAUGGUACGGGGGACAGGAUGAUCUUGUCAGUUGGCUCUUCAGUAAAAAGUUUUCCUGUGGAUGAGGGGGGAUGCAUUGAUGUCAAACUUACUUCAGACAAGAUCUGGAUAUUAAAAGACAAUGGAUUGGGAUAUCACCACUUGUUCCACAGAAGUAGUACCACGGAAGAAGCACACUGUUAUGCUUUACAGGAAGAAUUUAUUGCAGACCAGCUGUUUCAGAGUUUGGAACAUACUUCAGAUGAUCUUAUAUCAAUAGCCCGUUCAAUUUUUUCAUCUGGAAAGGACCAUAUUGUGCCAUUUGUAUCUUCCAUUUUCCUACGCAGGCUUCUUCAUCCUGGGGUUUGCCAAAAUAUAGUUCUACGUGCAACUUUUCUAGAUUAUCGCAAGCAUUGGACUGAUAAUGAGUUUCAGUCCUUAACUGUUGAUGGACUCAAAAAGGAAAUUCUUUCACUUGUUGAACAUGAGAGUAUUGCUGAAAGUCCUAUAUCAAUCUUCCAAGGAUGGAAAAAUUUUUGUUGUCGCUAUUUUGAAUGCUGGUGUAAAAACAAUGCUCCAUAUUGUUUGAUUGUACAGUCUACCUCAGGCGCUGUUGGUUUAAUCAGAAAACAUUCAGUGUCUUUGUUUCGUGGUUUGGAAAAUGCUGAGCUACUAAUUGAUGGAUUGUCAGAAGAUCUUGGUGAUCUUGUUAGCUUUGGAUUGGAUUUAUUUGAUGACAGUUCUGAUCGUGAGAUUCUUUUCGAAGUGCUCAGAUGUGUCAUUAACAUUAGCCAACAAUUGGGCAAAACAGCUUCUUUUAUUUUUUAUGAAUCAUUUGUUGGUAGACAGAUUAUUUCAUCUGAAGAGAUUAUUCCUCGCUUGGUGAAGAUUUUAGAAACUGGAUAUGGUUCAUCAACAGGAGUAGGCCAUGUGUCUGGUCUUGGGGCUGAUGUUGCUUGGGAGAGGGAGCUGAUAGAUCAUAAAAAUCUAAGAAAAUUCUCUGUUGACAUGCUAGUAUCUCUUCAUGUUCUGUGCAAAAAAGCUGCCUCUUGGAAAAAAGUCUUGGAUGUCAUAGAGAGCUAUCUACAGUUUCUUGUCCCUCAAAAAUUUACACAGAAUCCAGGUGCUGAAACAUUAUCUUGUCUAAACAAUUCCAUCUUGGUCCAGGCUUCCUGCCAGAUUGCAAAGUUUAUGUUUGAGUCUGCAUUGGACAUCCUUCUUUUUGUAAGCUAUCUGAUGAACAUUGGUGGGCAGAUUAACAUGACGCAUGAUGACAUAUCUAGAAUACAACUUGAGCUGGUUCCAAUGAUUGACGAAAUUAUUUCUGAGUGGCUUAUCAUUCUCUUCUUUAGCACAACACCAUCAGAAUCACCUGCAACUGAAGAUUUUAGUUCUCAACUUUCAUUGCUACAGAUUGAUAACAACAUCAAUAAAAGAUCAUGGAUUGAGAAACUCGGGAAAUGUGAUUUCACAUUAGCCUCUUUACUUCUACUAAAUAGUCAAAGUUCCUCUGGAUAUGAGAGAUGUCUUUCUUUAGGAUGUCUCCCUGAUCCACAUGACGUUAUUAGUUCAGUGCAGAAGUUCACUAGCUGGAUUGUUUGGGGAAAUACUGGGGAAGUUUCCUCUUCCUUCUUGAGGCGCUCAACUGAAUUAGCAAUUGUCCUUCUUAGGCAUGGCCAAUAUGAUGCUGUUGAGUACCUGCUUACUACUGUUGAGGCCAAGGCAAGAGGGGAGAAGAUAUUCAGAAGUAUUCAAGAUACUAGUGGUGAUUGGUGCUUACUUCAACAUAUUCUUGGAUGCUGUCUUCUUGCUCAAACACAGCGUGGGUUACAUGGAAUCCUGAAAGAGAGGAAAGUCUGUGAAGCUGUUUGCUGUUUCUUCAGAGCUGCAUCAGGAGAAGGAGCCUCCCAGGCCUUGCAGAGUUUAUCUCAGGAAUCAGGGUUGCUGUAUCUUGGUUUUAAUGGUCAUGUAUCUGCUGCAUGGAAGCUUCAUUAUUAUCAAUGGGCAAUGCAGUUAUUUGAGCAAUAUAACAUUAGUGAAGGUGCUUGCCAAUUUGCUCUUGCUGCACUGGAGCAAGUCGAUGCUCUUAACCUUAGAGGUGAUGGCUAUGAGAGAGAUCCAUCUAAUGAAUCAGCAACUACCAUCAAAGGACGUCUUUGGGCAAAUCUUUUCAAGUUCACUUUAGAUCUUAAUCUCCUGAAUGAUGCAUACUGUGCAAUACUUUCAAAUCCAGACGAGGAGAGCAAGUACAUCUGCUUAAGGCGCUUUAUAAUUGUUCUUUAUGAACGUGGAGCAAUAAAGAUUCUCUGCAAUGGUCAAUUGCCCUUCAUUGGUUUAGCAGAUAAGAUUGAGCAAGAACUUGCAUGGAAGGCGGAGCGUACAGAUAUCUUGGCAAAGCCAAAUCCAUACAAAUUGCUUUAUGCAUUUGAAAUGCACCGACAUAAUUGGCGAAGGGCAGCAAGUUACAUAUAUCUGUAUUCUGCUCGUUUACGAACUGAGUCAAUUCUGAAAGAUCAGCAGCAUAUGUCAGUUACACUGCAUGAGAGGCUGAAUGCACUUUCUGCUGCUGUCAAUGCCCUGCAUCUUGUCCAUCCUGCUUAUGCGUGGAUUGAUUCCCUACCUGAGGGACAUCCUCUUCAGAAUGAUCAUUAUCCUAGUAAAAAGGCCAAAAGGACAGUCAAAGAACAGUCUGGUAAUGAUGUACGAGCUCAGAGGCUGCAAUUUUAUGUUGAUAUUGAAAAACUUGAAAAUGAGUUUAUGCUAACAUCAGCAGAAUAUCUGCUUUCAUUGGCAAAUAUCAAGUGGACAUAUUCUGAUAUUCAAAAGGCCCCAUCAGAUCUGGUUGAGCUUCUGGUCCAAACGAAUUUAUAUGACAUGGCCUUUGCUGUUCUUUUAAAAUUCUGGAAAGACUCAGAAUUGAAGAGGGAAUUAGAAAAGAUCUUCUCUGCUAUGUCGUUAAAGUGCUGCCCUAGUACAGUAAGCUUGUCUUGGACUGGAGCGCACAAUCUAUUAUUGACAUCAUCCAAGGAUGAAGUGGUUGUUCAUGGUUCACCUGAUAUGGCGCCUACCGCUCAACAAACUAAGGCGAAUUAUCACUGGGAAACACUUGAGCAUUAUCUUGAAAAGUACAAAUAUAUUCAUGCUAGGUUGCCACUAGUAGUUGCUGAAACACUUCUUCGUACUGAUCCUCACAUUGAAUUGCCUCUGUGGCUGGUUAAAAUGUUCAAGGAAAGUCAGAGAAGGUCUUGGGGAAUGACUGGCCCAGACCCAAGUCCAGCAUCCUUGUUUCGACUAUACGCUGAUUAUGGUCGAUAUAUAGAAGCUACAAAUUUGUUUCUUGAGUAUGUAGAAGCAUUUGCAUCAAUGAGACCAGUGGACAUAAUUAAUCGCAAACGACCAUCUGCAGUAUGGUUCCCAUAUAACACACUAGAGCAGCUUUGGUGCCAACUAGACGGAUUGAUCAAUUUAGGUCACAUGGUUGAUCAAUGUGAUAAGCUCAAAAGGCUACUGCAUGGAGCUUUAUUAAAUCAUCUCAAGCAGCUAAAGGUGGAUUCAGAUGAUGCAGUUUCUUCUGCAAGCUAAAGAAAGUCAUCAUAUGUAGGUAACAUCUAGGAUCACUCAAUAUUGGUGUCAGUGCACAAAUUAAAAGAUAAUUUGAUCAAGCAACCAUCAGUUUUCUUCUAAGAGGGCUUGAUGGUAGAAUACAUGUGCCUGGCGAUUCAAGCUGGUGAGAGAUUUUUCCAACUUUUAGUGGUUAAAUUAGUUAUUUCCAGCGUAAAGACUGAGCAGUAAACUAAUUGGUGCUUAAACUUAUUCACCCAACUGACUGAUAGUUUGAAGAGAGGUAUGGUGCUAAUGCUUUACAUGUAUAGCUGGGUAGUGAACUGCAGAGUAGUUGAAACAACUGUGGUCGAGGGUUCUGAUUGGAGCUUGCUUUUUCAGCCCUUGCCUUAAAACUACUUGUAAAGAAAAUUACCAGAUUAUUCAAUUUUGUUGUUAAGUUUCAGUAACUAGUUUAAGUUUUUAACA